AUGGCGCCAAUUAUAGGAAUGACAAAAUUCCCAACACUGUGGGUUUCAACCGACUACAAGGGCGCUUCAAGACGGAAUACUAGUGGAUUUCAAGACCGACUACAGAAGCAAGACCUCUCCGAAGUCACCUCCAGUGCGCGCCUCAUAACCAGGCUCCCUCGCUCCUAUGUAAACCCCAAAUCUCAAACACUUUAUCCGAGGCAGUCCCAAAGCAACACACCAAAGAACCUCCACCCGAAGCAGCCCACCCAAAAAAAACCCCACCUAACAAAAAAAGGCAACCCGCCCAAGCACGCCGCCAAACCCCCGCCAGGCCACGGCAUCGGGCACGUGCCCCCGCGUCACGUGCGCGCGAAAAACCCACCGAAAACCGCACGCGAAACUCGAGCGCUCCUGGCGCCUAACGCCCAGCUUGUCUUCUUGCACCCCCCAUUUUCCACGCCCCACGCCCCGAAAAUGUCGUUGAAAAUGCCAUCCGCGCCCAACACCGGGCUUUUCAAGCAAGGCUACUCGUCGUAUUCCGCGGCCGACGGCGCCACGGUGCGCAACAUCGAGGCCGUGCGCGAGGUCUCGUCCAUAGUGCUCACGUCCAUGGGCCCCAGCGGCAGAAACAAGAUUUUGGUCAACAAGCACGACCGCACGUUUGUGACCAACGACGCGGCCACGAUCGUGAACGAGUUGGACAUCGUGCACCCCGCGGUCAAGAUGUUGGUCAUGGCGUCCAAGCAGCAGGAGUUCGAGAUGGGCGACAACACCAACUUGGUGCUUAUUUUGGCGGGCGAGUUGCUAGAUAUCAGCGAGCGCUUGCUCGUGGCCGGCUUGAGCGUGCCGGAGAUCGUGCAGGGCUUCAACUUGGCCAACACGCACGUGCAGGCGACGAUGCCCGACUUGGUGGUGGCGCGGGUCGAGAACGUGGUGGACGAGGCGGAGCUCACCAAGGCGAUCCGCCCCGUGAUCGCCGCCAAGCAGUACGGCGUGGACGCGGCCAUCGCCGCGCUCGUGGUGGCCGCGGUGCGCUUGAUCCUCGACCCGAAGCGGCCGCAGGCGUUCAACAUCGACAACGUGCGCGUGGUCAAGAUCAUGGGCUCGUCCUUGCGCGGCCUGGAGGUGGUCAAGGGCAUGGUGUUCCCGCGGGCGCCGGAGGGCCACGUGCAGCACGUGCGCGAGCGCUCCAAGGUGGUGGUGUUCACGUGCCCGAUCGACAUCUCCACCACCGAGACCAAGGGCACGGUGUUGCUCCACAACGCGCAGGAGAUGUUGGACUUCUCCGCCGGCGAGGAGCAGCAGAUGGACGCGGUGUGCGCGGAGAUCCGCGCCGCGGGCGUGCGCGUGGUGGUGGCGGGCUCCAGCGUGGGCGACCUCGCGCUCCACUACUUCAACAAGCACGGCAUCCUCGUGUUGAAGGUGCCGUCCAAGUUCGACGUGCGCCGCGUGUGCCAGGUGUGCGGCGCCACGCCGUUGCCGCGCUUGGGCGCGCCGUUGCCCGAGGAGAUGGGCGCCGUGGACGUGAUCGAGACGCGCGAGAUCGGCGGCGACCGCGUGACCGUGUUCCGCCAGGACGCGGCGCUGGCCUCGCGCACGGCCACCAUCGUGCUCCGCGGCGCCACGCAGACCAGCAUGGACGACAUCGAGCGCGCCAUCGACGACGGCAUCAACGCCAUCAAGGGCUUGGUCAAGGACAACCGGCUCUUGCCGGGCGCCGGCGCGGUCGAGGCCGAGUUGGUCAAGCGCGUCACGCAGUACGGCGAGCGCACGCCCGGCUUGAUGCAGCUCGCCAUCAAGAACUACGCCAAGGCCUUCGAGGUCGUGCCGCGCGUGCUCGCGGACACCGCGGGCUUGGACGCCACCGCCGCGUUGAGCCAGUUGUACGCGGCGCACGCGCCCGCGGACGGCCUGGGCUUGCUGUGCGGCAUUGACAUUGACGGCGACGCGGAGAACUGCUUGGUCGACGUCGCGGCCGCGGGCAUCUACGACCUCUUGGCCGCCAAGCUGUCUGCGAUAGCGCUUGCCACGGAGGCCGCGUGCACCAUCUUAUCCAUCGACCAGAUCAUCAUGGCCAAGCGCGCCGGCGGGCCGCAGAUGCCGCAGCAGCGCCGGCCGGGCAACUGGGACCAGGAGGACUAG